AUGCACCGCUCCGACAGCAACACCAUCGCGAAGCUAGCCCAGACCGGCCGCAGCUCCACCCUCGCCGCUAAGCCCGACCGCGACUCGACCCUCAAACGCUCGCACCUGUCGCUGCAUGGCCACAAGCACCAUAGCCACCACCACCACCGUCACGGCAGCCGCUCUGCCAAGUAUGGCGCCGACGACAAGGAGAUCAAGUCCGCCGUGCUGCCCGCCCCGCGCUCCCAGUUCCCGGACAUCAACGUCGUGAGGUCUGCGAACAGCGCCGACACCAGAUCCAACCCCACCGGCAGCGCCAGCAGCGCCAACGACUCCAAAGACCUCGUCAGCCCGUCCGUCAUCUCCGACUACGACCGCAACGCUCGCCACCUGUCGUCGCGUGUCGUCAAGCCCGAGGAUGUCGCCCGCGAGCGCGCGCGCCAGAAGCAGCGCGAAGGCCAACUGCGCAAUGCGCUGCGCGUCCUCGACGAGCAAUCCAUGGCGACCACGCGGCGGCUCGACGACACGUACUACUCGAUACUGGAGAAGGUGGCGGGCCUGCACGGCACCAUCGGUGGCCUGCAGGAGCUGUCGACCAUGACCCAGCGGCUGCGCGCCGAGUUCGCCGCCGACGCCGACGACCUGGUCGACGAGGUUGACGGCUCGCUCGACGCCAUCGGCGAUUUCGAUGCUCAGGCCCGCCUGCUGGAGGAGUUCGAGGCACGCAUCGUCGCGGGAAAGGAGAAGGCCGCCCGCCUGAACGAGCGCCUCGAUGCAGCGCGGAAGAGGGUCGACGAGCGGGAGAAGCUGGACGAGGAGUGGAGGGCGAGCGUGAAUCGCCGUCUGCGCAUCUUCUGGAGCGUUUUGGCCGCGCUGGUUGCCCUGUUCCUCGUCGGCUACAUCGUCUACGGCAUCCGCACUCAAGGGACUGCUGCCUCGAGGGCAGCGACCAACGGUACCACCAAGCACAACUUUUCCAUCGACUUGGAGAAUGUGGUUGUGCCGCCGCCCGUGCGGGAGAUCCUCGAGGAAGUGCACAGUUCUUCCCAGAGUGCUACCACGACACAGCCUCCAACGUCGGACGCCGCCUCGGAUGAUGAAAGAUUGCACGUGUUCGACGAACUGCCGAGUCAUGAGAGUGCCUCAGCGGAACCCCAAGGCCAUAUUUCCUCACGCAACAACCUGCUGCUCAUCGGAAGCGCUGUGCUCUUGAGGCACCCCUCUUUCGGAAUCCCUGGAGAUGCUACUGCAUUGCUCCUUUUCCUCGGCUGGAGAUUAUCUGGUAUUGGCAAUCGGAUACGGCGCCUUUGGCGAGCUAUUCAUCCCUCUCCUCUGCUUCCGUGCAGUUUAGACCCACACGGAAAGGAGCUCCGAGGGGAAUUUUACAGUGGGGUCGAGCGGGGGUUGCGAAAGUCUCACUGCGCAUUGGCCCAAGGGCAAUUCGGGGACUUGGACGAGGAGGCGGUACUGAGGGGGAAAGGGGCACCUGCACUGGCCAGUAUCGAAAUCUUGGUCCUGGAGGCAGCACUACCUGAAGAUCGUGCAGUCAUCUUUGGACUGCAACAAGAGGCUUGA